UUUACCGACUGAACUGAAGAACAUGGAUGUCCAAGAAGAUAACGGAGAUUCAGAAGCCCUUCCCACGCAGGUCCAGCUCUGCUCUGGAGAAGCCCUCCCAAAAAAAAGGUAAGUCUCAGAGUAAAGAGGACUCUGAUCAGUUUUCGUCUACAAGAGACAAGGAACCCAAACUGGACAACUCUGAUAUGAAGGAUGAGUUAAAGGAUACAUUCAAUGACUCAGAGAGCGAAGGCGAGUCCAACAGGAAAGACCUCGACUGGAAGCAGGGGGGGUCUGAUGAGGAGGUGUCGGUUACAAGAGAAAACCGACCGGAUUGCUCUGAUAUGAAUGAUGAGUUAAAGGUCACAUUCAGCUCGCAGGAACCAGACAAUGACUCAGAGAGCGAAGACAUGUCCAACAGUGAAGACCCCAACUGGAAGUUUGAAGAGGCGUCAAACAGUCAAGUCUUCAACAAUGGAUCAGAACAGGGCUCUGAAAACAAAGGCGAUUACAUCAGAAAAGACCUCGAGAGCAAGCAGGGGGGGUGUGACGAUGAGGCGUCAACUACGAGAGACAACGGACCGGACCGCUCUGAUAUGAGUGAUGAGUUAAAGGACACAUCCAGCUCGCAGAAACCAGAAAAGGACUCAAAAAGCAAAGGCGAUUACAUCAGGAAAGACCUCGACUGGAAGCAGGGGGGGUCUGAUGAUGAGGCGUCGACUGACAGCUCUGAUAUAAAUGAUGAGUUAAACAGUCAAGUCUUCACCAACGGAUCAGAAAAAGACUCUGAGAGCAAAGGCGAAUCCGACAGUGAAGACGGGGACUGGGGUUGGGGGGAGUCAGAUGACGAGUUAAACGGUCAAGUCAUUGCAAUGUUGGAAUGAAGCUCUCAACUGGGAGUGGUGGGGGCUGGGUGAUGAGUUCAGGGGAUUUACGUGCGCUUCUUGAUGGCAAGUCCCUCUAAGACGUGAACAAGAAGCAGGGGGAGUCGGAUGAGAAGAUGGAGACUACCGGUGACACUACACAAGAGCCGGAUAGCGCUGAUGGGAAAAUGGACGGGUGGACAGCCUACAGGGCCUUCAAGGCCUGGGAGAUGUCUCAAGUUUACAGUUUAUUCAGACAUCAGAGGCCAAACUAUGAUAUUUGUGUUUCAUCAGAUGGUACGUGAUACCAUUAAAAAUGAAAUUUGCAACUAAAGGCCCAAAAACUGAAAUCCAUAUGCCUGUGUCCUAUAUUUAACAGGAAAUCAUGUUUUAAUGCACUGGG